CAAUGAUACUUACUGAAAAAUUGCGAUAGAAAACUAGUUAGAGUGGUAUUUUUCGUUUCUACUCAACAUAGUAAAAAUGGGUAACAAUGGGAACCUGUCCAAGGCGGAACUGUUUAUUCAAAGCCUCAACGCGAACAAUGCGAAGAAACUUGCAUUCGCCAUGGUGCUUGGUUUCGUGGUGUACCAUGCAUUUCUCCACUUACGCUACGGUUCUGACUCAUGCAAGUGGCUACUAAGUGACGGCAGGUUCAAGGGUGACAAGGAGUGGCAACCGUAUGGAUGUAUGCUUCAUAAGUACACCGAAACUGAUACUCGAAAAUGUCUCCGAUAUCUUGCCUUUUGGGGCAACCAGAACCAUUUCGUACUUAUCGGCGACGAGCGGCUGCGGACGCUAUCGCUGGAAUUUAUCGAUUACCUAAGGUCUAGUGAGACGGAAAACAUUUCCAAACAAUCGUCGUCUAAAAACACGGAAGACCUCCAGUUUACCGACUAUAAAUUGCGAUUGCGCGUGGAAUAUAUCUACGCGAAUGAGGUGUCCAAAAAUCUUAUCGAUGAGUUUAUGAAAUGGGAACAUGAGGAGGAUCCACCGAGCUUAAUAAUCGCAAGCUGCACCUAUCCCACCUUUCAACGAGGCAACGUGACGGAGGAAAUUCAAAAAGCGUACGAGAAAAAUCUUACACGAUUGGUUAAGCCCAUCGAUCGAUUACAUGCGAAAAAAACGAAAAUCAUUUGGAAGCUACAAGAUCCCGUUGAUCAGGAGACUUCUGCGGAGGAAUGGAAGAAUGUGCACAACGAGGAUGUCGAUCGUAUUAAUCUGGCGGCCAGCAACAUUCUGCGCUACUCGGAGGCAAAAAUAUGGUCAUCCUCGAAUAUGAUUGCUUCCGGGUUGGUCGAUGAGUUUGCCGAUGGCCAGCAGCUAAGCUCGUUGACACUGAAGCACGACGUUCAGAUUCUUUUGAACAUGUACUGCAAUGACUAUAUGAACUACAACGAUGGAACGUGCUGUAGUAGUGCUGAACCGUAUACAAUUAUACAGGUUACAACGUAUGCUUUCCUUGCUGUAUGUACCACCAUUGCUGUCGCCAUCUAUGUACGAAAAUGGAUGGUAAAAUGCCGAGGCAUUCACGCUUACGCCCCGCUCAACCAACCCACCGAUACCCAAUCGCCAAUAUCGGCGUUGGCCUCUCUCGCCAUCAUCAUGACGUACUUCUACUUGUGCGAUCGCACCAACUUUUUCAUGAAAGAGAACAAAUAUUACUCGGAGUUUAGCUUCUGGAUACCUGUCGGCUAUGUGUUCGCGCUCGGACUGUUCUUCACCGAGGAUAGCAAGCUGACGAAGGUACUCCACCGGGACCAGACGGAUGAGCUGAAGGGUUGGAUGCAGAUCGUAAUACUAAUCUACUACAUGACCGGUGCCUCCCACAUACUGCCCAUCUACAUGCACAUCAAGGUGCUGAUCAGCGGCUUCCUGUUUCUGUCCGGUUACGCGCAUUUUACUUACUGGUGGCAAACCGGAAAUACCGGCCUGGUGCGCUUUCUAAACGUAAUGUUCCGGGUGAAUUUUCUCACCGUCAUUCUUUGCCUAUGCAUGAAUCGACCGUAUCAGUUCUACUUCUUCGUGCCACUCCUUUCGUUCUGGUACUGCAUCAUGUACAUGAUGCUUUUGCUGCCACCAAAGUUCUCCUCCCAAAGCACCGAAGCAAACCCGUACCAGUAUCUUUACCUGGUGGUGAAGUUCGUGACGAUGCUCGCAACAAUCACCGUGCUGUACAUGAGUGAGGUGUUUUUCGAACGCAUCUUCGUCACGCGACCCUGGAAGGCACUGUUUGUGACUACCGAUGACGACAUCCAUGAGUGGUGGUACCGUUGGAAGCUCGAUCGAUAUACGAUUACGUACGGAAUGGUGUUUGCGGCGAUUUUCCAAAUUUCCCAACGCUUCGCAGUGGUGGACGAUAACAACCACGGUAACCUUUUCUCGAAACGAAUCUCACUAACCUCCACGCUAGCGGCCAUUAGCGGUAUCGGAUGUUACACCGCGUGGACAUUCUUCUGCCGCAACCGGCAAGACUGUGAGGAGGUUCAUUCGUACGUGGUUUUCAUCCCAAUUGUAGGCUACAUUUUGUUGCGAAACAUUUCUGGCAUCUUGCGCACCCGCUACUCAACCUUCUUCGCCUGGUUCGGGAAGAUCUCGUUGGAACUGUUUCUCUGUCAGUAUCACAUCUGGCUGGCAGCCGACCGGAACGGGGUAUUGGUAUUGUUACCCGGAUUUCCAACGCUUAACGUACUGAUAACAUCGUUUAUUUUCGUUUGUGUCUCUCACGAAAUUCAUCGCGUUACGUCCGUACUCCUCCCGUAUGCGGUACCGAAUGAUUGGAAGUUAGCUUUAAGAAAUAUAAUUUUCUUCAUGAUUUUGCUGAUUCCGUUGGGGCGAUACGAUGGUAUGUUUUAAAACAAACAAACCAUACAUGUUUGUUGUAAUUCUUAACAAAGCCUAAUCCAGCGCACACCAAACAAAAUGUAGUUACGGUAUACUUAAAUUAGGAAUAAAGGAAACACGCUUCUAUAUUUGCUUCUGUUAG